UGUCAGUUUCAUGACGAAAUACGAAAAUAUGACAGUUUCUAGCUUUACUUGAUCGGCAUUCGCCAUUUUGCGAGUGUAGAGAAAGAACGAAGUCUAGAACUACCAGACCAAACAGCCGCCUUGAAAUAUGGCUGGGUUGCCAAGAAGAAUAAUAAAGGAGACACAGAGAUUGCUACAGGAACCUGUACCGGGAAUUCAGGCACUCCCAGAUGAGAGUAACGCCAGAUAUUUCCAUGUUAUUGUAGCUGGCCCAGCAGAGUCUCCAUAUGAGGGUGGCACAUUUAAAUUAGAAUUGUUUUUACCAGAAGAAUAUCCAAUGUCAGCUCCUAAAGUUCGCUUCAUGACAAAGAUUUAUCAUCCUAAUAUUGAUAAAUUGGGUAGAAUAUGUUUAGAUAUUUUAAAAGAUAAAUGGAGUCCAGCUCUACAAAUAAGAACGGUCCUCCUAUCAAUCCAGGCUUUACUUAGUGCUCCUAACCCUGACGACCCUCUAGCCAAUGAUGUAGCAGAACAGUGGAAAGUUAACGAAUCACAAGCCAUUCAGACAGCUAGAGCAUGGACAAAACUUUAUGCCUCGCUAGACCGAGAAUGACAAAACUGUGUAGCUAAUGAAGUGACCAUGUUUUGUUGUGAACCAGACUUUGUAGAUAACAUCCGACAAAGACACCAUGAUUUAUCCUUGGUUUCCUCAGCAACAGCUUAACAGUGGAUUGCUGUUAAGACAGUGAUAUUUAUUUCUUUAUUCGCAUUAGUAUAAGAGUAGCAUGAGUGUCCAUUUUCAUUGCAUAAUGCACUCCACUGUUCUCAGUAUUAUUGUUUUGUUUUGGUUUUUAAAUGCAUUGAGGAAAACAACCUAUUCUGUUGUCAUUGUCAUCGAAUUUCAUUUGGCAAAAGUUUAAAACAAGAAAAAUAAUUAGGUUUUCACUGAAUAUAUAGUUCUAGUAAUCUUUAUGAACUGUCCAAAAUGUUUGUAUGUAAUUGUUGAUAUAGUGAAACUAAGUUAGAUUUCUUAUCCGACAAAUGUCUUGUUCCUUUCAUUUUAAUAACAGAACUCAUAUUUUGUUAUUUAUGAAUUAUCCUCAUUGAUACUUUUACUUUAUGUGAAGAAUUCUUCUUUUUGACUAUAUUUUCAGUGCUGCAAUUUAGUUGCUAAAUACUAAGUUCUAAAAUUAAAUUACCGGUAAAUAAAUUACAUAAGUGCUAAUGUCCCUAAAAGUUUCAUUUAUAUGCAGAGCUAACAUACAAGCAUAAUUUCUUGUGAGAAAAAUUGUGUAUUUUGUUAAAUGUAUCUUUUUGAAAUCAAGACAUGUACAAUUGAUUUACCCCAAGUGAGUUGUGUCCAGAAGAAAAUGUCUUACCUGUGAAUUCACAGGUAAGGGGUGAGAAUGUUAGCUUUUUCGUAACUUAUUGAAUGUGGACUUGUGUAUCAAGACAGUUUCAAUAAACUCUCAUUUGUUA